GUCACUGCGAGUAAGAGGCAUUCGAGGAGGCAGGUAGGCUCGGCGCGGUGACGUCACCUCGCCGCUUGCUCUCGCGCCCUGCCCACCCUUUUCCCUCCUCAGCCUGUGGAAGAGCCGUUAGAAAAUGGCCGCCGCGCCGAGCAAAGAGGAGAGACUGGAGGAAAAGACAGAAGAUUUAGACCAGCAAGAUAAACCACCUAAACUCAGGAAAGUUAAAAAGGAUAAAAAGUAUGAUGAAGACAAACCAGAAGAAGCUCAUCCAUCAGCACAGCCGGCAGAAGAGCCCGGAGAAGCAGGAAAAGCAGAGGUACAAGAGAGCACAGAGACUGCGCCUGAGGUGCCUGAAGCCUCUGCCUCCCCAAAGCAAAGGCGCUCUGUUAUCAGAGAUAGGGGGCCAAUGUACGAAGACCCUACUCUUCCUGAAGGCUGGACAAGGAAACUGAAACAAAGAAAAUCUGGGCGAUCUGCUGGAAAAUAUGAUGUCUAUUUAAUAAACCCAACUGGUAAAGCCUUUCGGUCCAAAGUUGAGCUUAUAGCAUACUUCGAAAAGGUAGGAGAUACAACCCUUGAUCCAAAUGAUUUUGACUUCACGGUAACGGGGAGAGGAAGUCCAUCUCGGAGGGAGCAAAAACAACCGAAAAAACCCAAAGCUCCUAAACCUGCUGGAACGGGUAGAGGAAGAGGGAGACCUAAAGGAAGUGUGAAAGCCAAGCCAGCUGUGAAGUUAGAGGGUGUCCAGGUUAAAAGGGUCGUAGAAAAGACUCCAGGAAAGCUUUUGGUGAAAAUGCCUUUCUCAGAAAACAAGGAAGAAUCAGAUGCAACCACAUCAGAGCAGGUCCUUGUUAUCAAACAUCCAGGCCGCAAAAGAAAAUCAGAAACUGAUCCACUACCGGCAGCACCCAAAAAACGGGGCCGUAAACCAGGCAGUGGCAAUGCGGCUGCUGUAGCUGCGGCAGAGGCUGCGAAGAAAAAAGCAAUCAAAGAGUCUUCCAUCAGGCCACUCUUAGAGACCGUAUUACCAAUAAAGAAACGCAAGACACGGGAAACUGUGAGUGUAGAUGUUAUGGACUCAGAGACCCAGGAGUAUUCUUCCACCGUUCUGGAAAAAAGUGUUAAAAUACAGAAGCCUGCAAAAAGCCCAGAAAGUAAAACUAUAGAAAGUAGUCCUAAAAGUAGGAGCAUCUUACCGAAUAAGGAACAACAGCAUCAUCACCAUCAUCACCACCAUCACCACCACCACUCCGAAUCAAAAGCAUCCACUACCAACCCAGAGCCAGAGACUUCUAAGGACAGCAUAAGUGCCCAAGAACCACAGGACUUAAGUGUCAAAAUUUUCAAAGAUGAGAAACUACCAGAAAGUGACGGAUGUGCUCAGGAGCCACCUAAGACGCAGCCUGCCGAUAAGUGCAGAAACCGAGGGGAAGGUGAACGAAAAGACAUUGUUUCUUCAUCUGUACAAAGGCCGACCAGGGAGGAACCAGUUGAUACAAGAACACCAGUGACGGAGAGAGUUAGCUGACUUUAAGAAGAGUAACAAAAAACAGUUAAAAAAAAAAUAUAUAUAUAUAUAUAUAAAGGCAGCUGUUGUCUUUUUCUCCUUGUGGGUAGGGCUCUGACAAAGCUUCCCUAUAAAUGAAGUAAAGAAAAGUCUAUUUUUUCCUCCUGUAGCUUGGAGUUUCGUAGCUUCGGGGUGGGAGUAAAUGUCGAAUGUGGAUCUUUUUAAUUCCGACGAGCACAGUCAGGGGUGAAGACUUUUAACAGAGCCAGAAGCAGCUUUGCACUUUUUUAUACUAAAUAGGCUCCUUUGAUCAUGGCUUACUCUGCAUCAUACUACUGACCAAGGUGGGCUGUCUCCUUAACUUUUUAGGUAUGCCAACUUAAGCUUUGUUCCUGUUUAGCACAUUUAAAUUCCUGUGCCAUCUUUAGUGGGCUUCACUUUGUUGCAGAACAGCAUCUUGACACCUUUAUACGGCUACACUCUCUGUGAUCAACAUAUAGACAGGUGACGUAAUGUAGACCACAGUAUUGCCAAAUGAUCAUUUCCCAUGCACUGGAGCCGGGGCAUACAAAAAUUUUUAAUUUUUGAAGAAAAAAAAAAAAAAUGUAUUUUAUCCAGUAAUUUAUGAAGUCAUUACUUCCCUCUUUAGUUCACUAUGACAUCUGGUUUCAUCCCACAGUUGUUAUUUUUAUCUCUAUUGGUUACAUAACUGGUCAUGUUGAACUAAAUGAGAAUUGGCGGGAACUUUCCGACAUUUCUUUUCUCUGACAGCCCUAGUUUCUCACUUACCAAUUCUCUGCAUAAUCCACGCUACAGAUGCAACUCUGCAAUAAGGUGUUCUAUCAGCCAUUAAAAAUAAGGAGAACAUGAGGUAUAUACUGUACGUACAACCUUUACUGACAGUGUAGCUGUAUCCUAGGCAUACACACAUCUGUACUUUCAGAUACCAUGGGAAAAUUAGAUGACAUGUUCUUCCAGUUAAUGUUACACAAGUAGCUUAUGUUCUGUAGUAAUAAUCAAUAUUGUACUGCUCUUUUCAUCCAUACAAUCAAAACCAGAGUUGACAAGGGUAAAGGCAUGAAGGUAGGGAUUUUUUUUCUUUUUUGUAUGUGUUAUGUAGAUGCAAAUACAUUAUGUUUGAUUCUUUUUCUUUUAUCCAGUCAGUUACAUGAAGCUGCGAAACUCUAAGUUUUGUGACUUUUCUAUUUUUGUGACUUUUUUGUGUUUUUUGUUUUUGCAGUUUCAUAAGGACUUCCUGUUAGAAACUAAUUUCUGUUUUGUCUAGUAUAGGAUUCUGUACUCAAGCUCCAUAUUCCCACUCCACCUUAACAGAAAUAAACUGAAAAAGAAAAAGAAAAACUUAAAGACAGUAGCACUUGCUUAAGUGACAACUAGAAGUUUGCGGACAACUUCUUCAGCAAUAUAUGUGAGAUCCUCAGACCCUGUUAACUGAGUGAAUGUGACUUUUGUGCUAGCUUUAUUUUAAUUUUAUUUUCUGUUCUUUUCAAACAUGUAACGUGAAGGCCUUCGUAAUGAUUUUUAUCAGAUAUAUAUUUGUGAGGACGCUGUGAGUUUGCAUGGGUUUUACAAUUAGAAACGUGCAUAACUCCUAGGAACUGCUGCUUUUGUAUGUAUACAUAUAAUAUAUAUGUACAUAUAUAUGUAUGUAUGUAUAUAUAAUGUGUAUGUGUGUGUAUAAUUAUAUCAGCAUUUUAAUUUACAGGAAUUUUAUGUAUAGGUAAACAAUAUUGUAUGUGUCAAUGGGCAGACCGUGUUGACCAUGUUUUUCUUCAUGCUCAUUCCAAAGCUAUUUUUUUUGAGGAUACUAUAUAAAGGAAAAAAAAGUAUGUAUAUAAUAUAAUUGAAAAUCUGAUAAUACGAUAAUUUCAUUACAUAAUCCUUAUAAUGGCAUGGCAAACUUUGGAAGUCCCACACCUGUUUGUUCAGAAAUUAAGAAUACCAUUAUUUACAGAGAAUUCCACUGCAUACAUGUGUUACCCAAAAAGCACCUUGUGUAUAGUCCAAUUGUUUGAGGAUCAUUACAGACUCUCAGCAUGAAACGCGUUAGGGUGGCCGUGCUCACGUGUGCCCACAAUCUUCUCUUCUGCAGUUACUACAAGGUAUCACGGUUUGCUCUUUUAUCUUGUACAAAUCUUUGGAAUUAAUUCACAUAGGAUUGUUGUUCAUCAUCAGAUCAGACUGUUCACGUUGUCUUUUUUCAUUUCAGCACUAUCAAAAAGUGUUUGAUCCUUUAGACAAGCAGGAAAUCCAUGAACUAGAAAAGCUGCUUCCGUAUUUUCCGGUUACCACCACGUAUCUGACAGUUCAGCGACAGUUAGAGACUAUUUUCUAGCUCUGGAAUGAGCACGCUGUCAAGGUUUUAUUUUUGCUUCCAUAGGCUGCCUGGUUUAAACACAGAUGACCGCUAAGUAAACGUGAUUUUCAGGACAUUGAUACUUUAUUUCUUUAUGUUUUUUUUUUUUUGCUCAACAAGAGAUGUGCACUUCUUUGUAAAAAAAAAAAAAAAUCAAGUGCCCUUCUCUAAUGCCUUUUCAUAGUGAGCACUUUAGUUGUGUCAAUCAAAGAAUACUGUCAUCAUAGAUAAGAGUUUGCAUCCAUACUUUCAGAUAUCAUGUGUGUAAAUUUCUGCUUAAUGAAAUACACAAACCAACUCUGGCUCCGAUCAUUCAUUUUAUGCUUUGUGCUACCAAAAGUCACAUUGGAGACGGUAUGAUGUUAGGGAUCAUAUUCAUUCUUAGGCCUUAUUUAAACAAGCAUAAUAUAAUCACAGCUCUGCAAUCAUAUUGCGGCAACAAGUUUUGUCCUGACUGCUGGGCGUAUGAUCAAACUGACAGCAUCAUAAAAAGCUAUGAUAGACCCUUAAAGUGCUGUCUUUUUAGGUCAUGAGGCCUGCGGUUCAGCCAAGACUUGCCUAAUGUAUUAUGGAGGAAGAAAUUUAAUAGGUGUACACAUGUGGGAAACUGGCCCUAAGCUUAGUUGACCCCAAUGUUUUAGCUAAGGCUAUGUUCACACUUGCUUCAAAGACUUCAAUAGAAUGUAAUUGUUUCUGAUGGAAAAAAUAGCAAUGCAGUUCAUAAGUCAGAACAAUCCAUCUCAUCUGUCAAUGUUUGUCAGUGACAGACUUGGCAUUGCAUCAUGAUUUCUGAUUAUAUUCACAGGAACACUCAUUCUCCAUAAGCAGCUCUUGUAGAAGGGACGGCGAUCAGCCAAUGAACAAGCAACUGAUUGGAUCUUUUAUGCAGCCAUUUAAAUUAUCGCUGUUGGCCGCACAUUGCCCCGUGUAUAUAGGAUGUGCGGCAGACAGUGAUGAAUUUGAUGUAUCGAUUAAUCGAGCCUUGUGAUGCGAACAAGAUUGGUGCGCAUCUGCCUGCAGUCGGCUGUCUAAAAGGGCCCUAAGGGUGCGUUCACACGCUCUUUGUUUUUGUGGGUUUUCCGCUGCAUAUUUGAAAGUGGGCGGGCUCUACUCGGCUAUCCGCAGCA